AUGCGCUCAAGUCAUGCCUAGGCAGUUGUCAGGUGUUUUAUAUUUCCUUUCACUGAUCACUGCAAACAGACUUCAGCGCGCGUUCAACUAUACAAUAAACUGACGACUGGAUAAACGCAGUAUCACUUACGAAAUACGAUUGAGUGGUAUAUUAAUUUAGUGUUUAGGGUUACUAUUUUCAUGUUUUCUCAUUUUAAUAAAAGGUGUCAACAACUUUCUAUUUAGGUGAUUUUGUAGACUUUAAAAUAAAUACUUUUUUGGAAAAUUUGAAAAACACAACCACGAUAAGUAGGAUUGAAGACGGACUCACAUAGAAGACACUUCAUUUAUAAUUCUUUAAAAAAAGUAUUCAAAAUAAAAUAUUAACAAAUUGUGAACAACUUAAAUAUAAACGUCAACGAGAUCAAAAUGCAAUCUAGACUUACGGUAGUUAUAGCGGCGUUGUGCAUGCUGUUGUUGCAACACACAAAGCACGUUGUCGGAUCCGGAAUGGACACAGGCCGGCUUGACAGCAGGGAUCAGGAGGAGACAGACGCUCACAGUGUUCUACCGUCACUUAUUGUAAACGCAUUCAAGUCAUACAAGCGAGCGUGCAACGGUUUCCCAUGUAUGUAUUCCCAUCUAGGGACGAAAGCUGGACGGGCUUCUCUGUACAAGAUCCUGGCAAGUUUCAUCGACGAUUGCUUCAGCGACCCUGCUUGUAACCCAGGUCGCCGAAAAAGACUGGCACCGUCUCAAUUUACUGGCCAAUUGUUGAACAUACCAAUCAGUGAGUUGGUUCGAUGGCGCAUGCGCAACAUGGAGUGAUGUUUUCAGAGUACAUCCGUACUGCUCAUAUGUAAUGAGAGCACACAAUUAAAAAAAACUUGUUAUUAUAUUUUUAUUUUCUUAUAUUUAGACAUUAAUUGGCAUUUGUUCGUUGUCGAUGAUUGCAGUACAUUUUAGGCAUGUACAAAAGUGACCCAUUGUAUCGACUUAAUAUUUUAUUUUCUAAUAACAACUGCAUGAGUCAGUCCCCUUAUACUUUAUAAUACGUUCAAAAUUUGGGAAUGUACUAUGUUAUCCUGCUUGUAACAAUGUUGAAAAAAGAUUCUUAAUAAAACGCCUAAAUGAAGUCGAAA